AUGUCUGGUUCCAACAUUCCGCUCAAACAGUCGCACGUCGUUACGGUUUCUGGUAUCGUUGAGAACAGUGCUGUGUACUCCAAUGUAGCUCCCACUUAUCUUCCUCUACAACACCCCCCUUCAGACAACCGAAACUACUCCUACCGCUCUUGCACGGCCGCCAUCACCUGUAACGGCUGGAACGGGGACAAUAAGAAAGAGUACGACGGCAAAUUCACGGCGUACUGUUCAUCCCUCCAAGUUCCACAUGAAGGUGAAUGCUACUGCAUCAAAGCCCGCUUCCUACCAGCAAAGGACUCCGCCGACUUCAACAUGUACUACGAGGCCGAGCACAAGGUUUUCGUCGACACCAAAUUGAGAUUAAGAACACCAAACCUGGGGACCAACCCGAUUCCAGAAAUUGACGGUGCAAAUCCAUCGAGAAUAACACUUCCACCACCAUUCACAAUAUCAAAACUUGAGAAUAAUGGUAUUCAAGAUUCGGAUACGUUGAAAUUGACGCUUGCACCACCAUCUGAAUCCACAUCAAAAAAGACAUUGCCGAAAAGAACCGUAUCAAGGAAUCAAAUGAACAAUCUGUUUAAACAUACAUAUCAACAAAAACACCCCUUGAGGAUCACACCAGGUGGUAAAAUUUGCCUGGGGGACCAAAUUGUACAACUCACAAAGCCAGCAUCGCAUUCACAAAGAACUUAUCCUAGUACCAUGCCUGAUAACAAUUUGAUGUUCAAAGCUUAUUCAUCUAGUUUUCCGAAACAUCAGCUUCAAGUAUCCAGUUCAAGAAACUUAGAUAUUCGCGAAGAUCCGUCUCAUAGCGUCCCAAGAUUUCCUGGUUCAGGAUCAAAUUCAGUUCAAGGUGUUCCAACGCCUGAGCCAUCUACAGAAAAUCUCGAAAGUCUCAUAGAAGAUCAACAUCACGACAUCAUUACCCUGCCUUCUUAUGGAAUUCGCGGGUUUGUCCAAAAUGUUCAUAAAUCUCAUAUCCCAAUUCGCGAAAAUAUGUACAAGUUGGCAAAAUUUGGAAGACAGGAACUUUGGGAACUUGAAGCACUUCGGAAUGAAAUCUUAAAAUGGUUUGCUGGUUUAAAGACUAGGUUGACCCAAAUAGCCGACGAAAAAGACUCGACUAGUACUGUAACAUCUCGCGAUAUAAAAAAAGCACUCAAUCGGGCUCAAAUCAAAUUGACAAACAGUUUUUUGGGAUAUCUUAUCACAAAUCAUAAAGAUUUUCGAGGUAAAAGCAAUGAGCGACUUCUAAGAGAGGGGUGGCAAUAUUUGAAGAGAUACAUGAUUCAAUGGAAGAACACGAAUUUUGAAAUCAUUUCCAACCUUAAACAUCUUGAAGCAGAUUCCCGUGUCUGGAAUUGGACUUCAGACGAUAUGUUCGCAUAUUUGAUGUGGAUGGAUGGAAACAAUACCCUUUCAUCUAAGGUUUUAGCAAGAUUUAUUGCUGGCUGGAAAGAAUUGAACGGAGUGUGA